ACGUCCAUGUUGUCCGUCUGGUGGCUCCCUGACUUAAAUUUGAAGUCUUUCCGGGAGUCAGCUGUCCGAUAAACCAAAACAAGUAGGCUAUAGUUAGUUGUGGUGGGACAGGUUGUGGUACCGUCGAUUAUUGUUGAUCUUCAGUGAGUGGCGACAACCGACAUAUCGCCCCUGAAUCUCACGACGAACAUGUCGUAACAAUUUUAUCCUCGAUGAUGCACAUUUGAGCCAACAUUACCUACAAAGAUGCCAGCGGUAACAACUGAGGUAAAGGCGCUUUACCUCUCCACGUCUUUGGGUGACCUCAACAAGAAGGCCGAAAUUAAGCCCGAUAAAAUAAACACGAGAAGUUAUGUGCAGAGUGCCUGUAAAAUAUUUAAAGCGGCGGAAGAGUGUCGUCUUCACCGGGACGAAGAGAGGGCCUAUGUUCUGUACAUGAAAUACUUAACGGUCUAUGAUCUCAUCAAAAAGAGACCCGAUUUCAAGCAGCAACAGGAAUUUUUUCUUUCUAUGCUUGGACCGACCAGCUUUAAAAAAGCCAUAGAGGAGGCCGAAAAGCUGUCCGACAGUCUCAAGCUCAGGUAUGAAGAGGCUGAAGUGCGCAAAAAGCUGGAAGAGAGGGAGAAGAUUGAAGAAAAAAAGAAGAGAGAGGAGAAAUCUGAGAAGGAUGCUGGGAGGAGCUCCUUCAAAGAGGUGAUGGAAGCAAAGAAGGAGAUCAAGAAGGUGAAUGGGGAACAGAAGGAAGCUAAAAUUGAGAAUCCAAAAGGUAACGUCCAUCCUGGGGGGGUCACUGCUGAGAAGCUCUUUAAGAUGAUGAAAGAUCAGAGCAUGAACGUCAUUAUCAUGGAUGCCAGAAGCAGGAGAGAUUUUGAAGAGUCUCAAAUUCUAGUACCACUGCAGAACUGCAUCAGUGUUCCAGAAGAGGCCAUCAGUCCAGGAAUAACUGUCAAUCAAAUUGAGACCAAGCUUCCAGAGGAGUCGAGAGAUCAGUGGCAGCGUCGGGCCUUCGCGGAUUACAUAAUCCUGCUGGACUGGUUCAGCAGCGUAGGAGACCUCAAAUUAGGCACCCCUCUUCAGAGCCUGAAGGACGCCCUCUAUAAGUGGGACAGUAAGACCAUCCUCCGCAGUGAGCCCUUGGUUCUGGAAGGCGGGUACGAGAGCUGGCUGCUGUUCUACCCGAUGUAUACGUCCAACGCUAAAGUUAAACCACCCCGGCAAGACGCCAUUGACAUCAUCCCAAAAUUGAACUUCAGCUACCCAUCGCUCGAGGAGCCGAAACCUCCAGCCCCUCCAGAGCCCGAACCCAAACCAGAACCCGAACCCCCUGUGGAGAUGAAUGGGAACUCUGAAGAGCAGGAGACUAUCCAGGAGGCAGAGCGGCCAGAGAAGCUGCCGGAAAGUCCUGCAGCUCCGCCCACUUCCUCUGCAGCACCUGUGAAUAAACCAAGUAAAGUCUCAGCCAGCCAGCCCGAAGUCACAGCCAAGGUGAUUCCACAGUUUGAUCGCAACAAAAAACCGUCUGUCAAAACAUCGGAAGGUGUGACACCAAGCGGCGAAGGUUCGGCCAAGGACAAGCCGCUGGUCCAGAAUGGGCCGCUGGUUCCGGACCGUUCCGUCAAGCCGCGCUUUGACCCCAAGGCUUCCCUGACGGAGCAGGAGAAGAGCCAGAUCCACGCGGAAGCCACGCAGCAGAUGGAGAGGGCGAAGCAGGAACAGGAGCAGAGGAGACGCGAGAGGAGGGAGAAGGAAAGGCAGACCGAGGAGGAGGAGAGGAAGGAAGCCGAGAGACAGGAGGAGCAGCGUGCCAAGGAGGAGAGGGAGCGCAGAGAGGGGGACCAGAAGGAGAAGGAGCAGGAGAAAAGCCUGGAUGGGCAGGAUUCGGAGAAGACUGAGGAGCAGCAGGACAAACCAGGGGAGGAGAAAGAGAAGACAAAUGAGAGGGAUCCAGGCGUUGGUGUGCAGUCAAAGAAUUCACCUGCGCCCAACAACUCUGUCGGUGAACUCAAGGCUCCUCUGAAGCAUAGUAAUGAGAUAAAGAAUGGGAACCAAAAGGCAAGGAUUUUAAAAAAUAGAACAGCAGAUGACUUUGAGAAACUGAAGCCUGACCCACUGACCAGGACGAGGAGCGAGGAGAUGGGAAGGAGUGUACCAGGAUUACCUACUGGAUGGAUGAAGUUCCUGGACACAGUGACGGGUACAUACCGGUACUACCACUCCCCCACCAACAGGGUGCAUCUGUACCCGCCCGAGGUGAGCGUGUCCCAGACGCCCCCGGCCACGCCCCCUCUGGCGAAGCAUAAGCAGGCGAGCGCGGCGGAGCCUGACCACGAGCAUUCCAAGCUGAAGCGCUCCUACUCCUCCCCCGACAUCACGCAGGACAUCAAGGAGGAGGGCCAAAGGAAGGCCGCGCCCAUUCCCACCAUCAACAGAGAAACCAAGCCGGCGAACGUCUCCACCCACAAUAAAGCCGAGAUCGCCAGGCUGUCCGCACCCAAGAUCCGUAACCUAAACCCAGUGUUCGGAGGGCUUGGGGCUUCGCUGACGGGCCUGCGGAACCUGGGGAACACCUGCUAUAUGAACUCCAUCCUGCAGUGCCUGUGCAACACGCCCGCCAUGGCUGACUACUUCAACAAGAACCUGUAUCAGCAAGACAUCAACAGGGCCAACAUCCUGGGGCACAAGGGCGAGGUGGCCGAGGAGUUUGGUGUGAUUAUGAAGGCCCUUUGGUCUGGGCUUUACAAGUUCAUCAGCCCACGGGACUUCAAAAUCACUAUCGGGAAGAUCAACGACCAGUUUGCCAGCUACGACCAACAUGACUCCCAGGAGCUGCUGCUCUUCCUUAUGGAUGGACUCCACGAGGACCUCAACAAAGCUGACAACCGCAAGAGGUACAUAGAGGAGGAGAACGAUCAUCUGGAUGACUUCAAAGCGGCGGACCUGGCCUGGAACAAACACAAGUUGCUCAACGAAUCGAUCAUCGUGGCUCUCUUCCAGGGCCAGUUCAAGUCCACUGUGCAGUGUCUGACCUGCCACAAGAAAUCGCGCACUUUCGAAACGUUCAUGUACCUGUCACUGCCGCUGGCUUCCUCCAACAAGUGUACCCUGCAGGACUGCUUGAAGCUGUUUUCCAAAGAGGAGAGGCUUACAGACAACAACAAAGUGUUCUGCAGAAACUGCAAGACCCACAGAGAUUCAACCAAGAAGCUGGAAAUCUGGAAGGUCCCUCCCAUUCUGCUGGUGCACCUUAAACGGUUCUCCUAUGAGGGACGAUGGAAACAGAAGCUUCAGACAUCUGUUGACUUUCCUCUCGAAAACCUGGACCUGAAUCACUAUGUUAUCGGCCCAAAGCACAACUUGAAGCGAUACAACCUCUACGGAGUAUCCAACCACUACGGAGGUCUUGACGGAGGACAUUACACUGCGUACUGUAAGAACAGUAACAAGCAACGCUGGUUCAAGUAUGACGACCACGAGGUGGCUGAAAUUUCCACGUCUUCAGUCAAGUCCCCGGCUGCCUACAUCAUCUUCUACUCGGCCUUGGCCUUGUGAAAUUGCAGGGGAAGAUUCUGGUCGGUGAAUCUACACGGCAACAACUGGCCGUCCACCUCGGUCUGAGGGUCUGAUUAAAGAGCAUUAAGGGCUGGAGCACUUUCCGCAGCCCCUGUGGGAUGAGGCCGCAAAGCCAACACUGUCACAUGAUAGCGCCUCACUUCCUGUAAGACUAUGUAGAAGUUCAGCACUUCAUUUGCUGAUAUUAACAUAGCAAGAAGGUCGAGCAUAAUUUUUGUCACCGUGACUGGCACAAAACCGGUCAUGCCGCAUAGUACGCCUGCAAGGACUACGUAUAUUCCUGGUCUUUAAUACUGUUCACUGUUUUCCUUGUGUUGCAGUUGUGGAACCCUUAAAAUGUUCCAUGUUUUUUUCCCUUCCUUUUCUUUUCCUUGGAUUCAGUACGAUGGCCUUUUCACACAACUGACCUUAACACUUUCUUGUACUGUGAAUAAAUUAGAAGCAGGUUAUUGGAUGAUGUGCACACUGAUGAGAGAUAAAGUGCAUUAACACAUAUUCCAAUUGGUUUGAAUUUUUAAUUUGGGAAGUGGCCAGGUUCUGCCAAAAGAGAGGAGGGGUGCUUAACAUCACAUAAAUGUUCAGUAUGCUGAAAGUGCUGUCUUUGUUUUUGGUUUUUCAUUUGUGGAGGAGGGAACUUUUGGGGACCACCUUUGACGCCUUGUCAGUGUGAUGGUUGAUAACACUCUAGUUCAGGUGAUGCUUCAGUCGGCACUUUUCCAAGUUUUUGGGUAUCUUUUUUUUUUCUAAAACAUUAAUGUUCCAAAUUGUGUCAAUGGUUACCAGAUGUAUUUACUUUUCCUGCCCCUGUACACUCUGCACCAAAUCCACUCUUGUAGAAAUGGCAUAUUUACCCAACUGUAGGUCAUUAAAUGAAGUACUCUGCAGAAAAUACUGUCUUAUAAGAUUUUCUUAAGAGUCUCACAUAUGUAUGAGACAAAUGCUUUAUAUGCAGCUCUUAUUUCCUGUUUAUUCCUUUAGAAUAUCAUCUUUACGAUAAGAAAAUACAGAAUUGAGAAUUGAAGUCAGGCAUAGGUGGCAACUGGAGAAAGCACUAAAUUGUAUUGCCCCUCUCUGUCUUGAUUGACCGGGUGACUGAGCAACCUGUUUGGCAAUGCAAAAUCCCUUGUUUCACCACAAGGGGGCAAAAAAAGCUAACCCAAGCAGUUGUAGAUCCUGAAAGGUGCCUUUAUUUCUUUAAUUUAACAAAACUAGUUAAUUUGAAACAUCAUUGUUUUCAUUGAUCUCGUAAUAUUAUAAGAGAAGAAUUGCAGUGUAACUGCAUGUUCAUGGCCUACUUUCUCUGUGGCAUUCAGUAAAUGAGUAAAAAUGUUUAAAGGACAGCAGCUGGGCGGUGAUACUGCUGCAGUAACAUCUUCACGUGUCUUAAGGUACCUGUGGGCCAAAUGAGUAAAACCAUCUAAUGGGGCAGAAGCACCAGUUAUUAAUUUGGAACCCCCUAGGGUUUGUAUUGAUACAAACACACAGUGACAUACCAUGACUCAUUUAUGUGACUCAUCCAUUUCUUGAAGUCAUUCAUGCGCUUUUAUUUUUCAACUCAUUUAAAUGCUGUGAAAUCUUUGUUUCCCUUCUCAUAUUCUAACAUGACACUUAACAUAUUUUAAAAAGUCAAAUGUAUUUAUCAAUUACAUGCAAAAAAAUAAAAUAAAUGACCCAA